GUUUAUAUGACGCAUGGUACGUCCUCCGUCAUCACGUUGACCCGGAAGCGGAAUUACAACACGUGUGUUUUCUGAAGAGAAUCACCACGCAUGUUCAGAGAACCGAACUCAGGAUAUAUACUGAACCUCCCCUCUGUCCGUCAUCAUGGCUGUGAGAGCGUCUUUUGAGAAGAACAACGAGAUCGGCUGCUUCGCUAAACUCACCAACACGUACUGUCUGGUGGCCGUCGGCGGCUCGGAGAACUUCUACAGUGUGUUCGAGGGGGAAUUGUCAGAAACCAUCCCGGUGUUUCACGCCUCCAUCGCAGGCUGUCGCAUCAUCGGGAGGAUGUGUGUGGGGAACCGUCACGGCCUCAUUGUGCCCAGCAGCACGACGGACCAGGAGCUGCAGCACAUCAGGAACAGUCUGCCGGACGCCGUGCGCGUGCAGCGGGUCGAGGAGAGGCUGUCGGCGCUGGGGAACGUCAUCGCCUGCAACGACUACGUGGCUCUGGUCCAUCCUGACCUCGACCGGGAGACGGAGGAGAUCCUGGCGGACACCCUGAAGGUGGAGGUCUUCCGUCAGACGGUGGCUGAGCAGGUUCUGGUCGGGUCUUACUGUGCCUUCAGUAAUCAGGGAGGCCUGGUCCACCCCAAGACAUCCAUCGAGGACCAGGACGAGCUCUCCUCCCUGCUGCAGGUCCCUCUGGUGGCGGGCACGGUGAACCGAGGCAGCGAGGUGAUCGCCGGGGGGAUGGUGGUGAACGACUGGUGUGCGUUCUGCGGCCUGGACACCACGAGCACCGAGCUGUCCGUCAUCGAGAGCGUCUUCAGGCUCAGCGACGCAGCGCAGCCGUCCGCCAUCGCCACCACCAUGAGGGACUCGCUCAUCGACAGCAUGGCGUAAGGAUCGCAAGAGAACCAACCAGCUGCUGGACCUCGUCUCCCGACUCCUCACCCGCAGACAUAUUACAGUUAUCCUGUUAUCCUUCUUAAUCUCUUACCUCUGUCAUCAAACCCUUUCUGCAAAACACCCAGCACUUCCUCUCUAAAUCUCUCCGAAGGACUUUGAUUAAUGAAUACUAUUAUCCAAAACAGUGGAAAUGCAUUUAGUAGUUUGCUACAGAAGCUGUGCUUAAAAAACGUAUUAAAAGUCAAUUAUUUCUGUGCCUGUUUCAUAAAGAAAGUGUAAAAGGAAGCUUGUGUCGAUACGACUGUAUUAUGUUUAAGAGAUGAUAUGAUAAUGUAGUCAAACUGACGAUGUUAGCAUGCAGUACGACACACACACACACACACACACGUUUUCUGUAUGAAAUGAGACUGAUUUCUCACUCGAACCGAAGGCCUGAACACCGUUUAUUUUUAACGAACAGUACGUCUCGUCUGUCUUGUGAAAAUAAAAAUAAAAUCAUCCUCUUUUUAUCCA